AUGAGAACGUGUGACAGCUGCGUGGGUGGAUUCGAGACCCCUGCUAGCGUUGGGAGAGACGGGAAGUGGUCUUGCGGAUGGGAGCUCCAGUCCACCCCCGCGGCGCUCUGCGAAGCGGCCAGGUCGUGCUUCUUCUGUGAGGCGGUCUGGCGUAGCCUGGAUAUACCUGCACACGCGCAAAAUCAAGCGGAUAUAGUGCUUCCUCUGAAAUACGUAUUUCGCCAAGGGCACAAGGACGGUGCCCUGGAUUGGCUCAGUAUCUGCGCACGAGUGGGAAAGUCGCCUACAGUCUACUUCCUCCUCGAGGAUACUCGUCUGAACUAUAGGUCAAUCAAUCAGGUAAAAGGCAUUAGCACUGGGUGUGUUGAACCACUUCGGUUCCUGGAAAGGCAACUGAGCCUAUGCCGAAGUACACAUGCUGCCUGCUGCGAUUUAGUCAGCAAGGAUAAGUGGUAUCCGACGCGUCUGGUAGAAGUACGGGAUGGCAAGGCCCGCCUCAUUAUCAGCAAGGAAACGGAGCCGACUGGCCCAUACCUCAGCCUCAGUCACCGAUGGGGCACUGGCACAAUAUUCCAGUGCACCAGCAAGACUAUUGGGGGCCUGAUAGUCACCGAGCUGCCGGUCACAUUUCAAGAUGCAUUUCAUGCGGCCGAGUACUUGGGGUUCAAGUAUCUGUGGAUUGAUUCACUCUGCAUUAUCCAGGACUCGGCACAGGAUUGGUCGAGAGAGGCCAAGACAAUGAAACAAAUCUAUCAGAGGGCGUACAUGAACUUGGCCGCGACCACAUCACUGGGCCUCUUUCGAAAACGAGACCCAGAAUCGAUGAUGUCGGAUCCUUUCCGCGUGCAUAAUGGCAUCCUGGCGGGAGACUUCCGGGCUGUAGAAGCAGUGCUGGACCGCGACCCCUGGGACUCAACAAUUGAGAACGCCCCCCUGAACUUGCGGGCCUGGGUGAUGCAGGAAAGGCUGCUCUCGUCUCGCGUUGCCCACUUCACAGCCCGCCAGAUCGUUUGGGACUGCCUGGAGAACACGGCCUCGGAGUCGAAUCCAUCCGGCCAGCUGGCGCAGCCUUUCGUCGAGAGCAUAUGGAUCGGCCGGAAGCAGGGCUCGACGAUCCUCCGUCCACCGAGAGACAUAGACACAGGUAUCGGGCAGUGGGCGACCGUCGUGAACGCAUACUCCAGGUGUGGCCUCACCUACUACACAGACAAGUUCGUUGCAGUUGGUGGUGUCGCCGAGUACCUCUCGAGGUUGUUCAAGGAUGACUACCACUGCGGGCUAUUCCGCUCGCAGAUGGAGCUGCAACUCUGCUGGUUCUCUAUACCGGACAAUGGCCAACCUCUCUCGUCCAACGACAUUGCGCCCUCAUGGUCCUGGAUGUCCAUCAAUGGGCCGGUGGAAACCCCUCAGCCUCAACUAUACCAAGGCUAUGCGCUGAAAUUCUUCGCCAGAAUUGAUGACGUUUCUACCCAGCAUAGUCAGCGCGACGAAACAACUGAGGCCUACACAGGGUCACUCCAAAUGUGGUGCUCCCUCAAUGCUGUCGAGCUGGUAGACGAAUCAACCCAGCCGCGCUUAAUAGGCCGUGGAACGGAACACGUUGCCUUCGUGAAUCUUGACGUUUCGCACGGUCGCCACAAUGACGGGGAGCUCUACGUGGUCCCCAUCUUUGAAGUACAGGAUCCAAUGACCAUUGAAUGGAAAUAUCGAUAUUCCGAGGUGAGAGGCCUUCUACUGAGACUCAUCGAUGGGGCUUCAGGGACCUACAUCCGUUGCGGGCAUGUCGGUCUGAGAUCUCACUCAAACCGCGAGACGGGAAGAUUCGCAGAUAGCUGGAUGGCCCUGCUGUCGGCUCAGGGCAAAGGCCAAUUUCCUUGUCAAGUAUUCGACGUCGAAGCAGGCCAUCUAAUCAAGGUCGUAUAA